UGAAGCGCUGCUGCCAGGCGAGCUGCACACGGGCGCUCCACUCGCCCUCCUCCUUGCCCGCCGGGAUCGGGGAUUGGCUGGGCGGCCGCCUCGUCCCAGAAUGCAGCGCAUGGCGCGUCAUUGAAGAGAGACCAUGAUGGCGGCGGCCGCGGCCGCUCCGGGGGGAGCCCCCGAGGUGAUCGCCCAACUGGAGAACGCGGCCAAAGUGCUGAUGGCACCACCUUCCAUGGUCAAUAAUGAACAACGUCAGCAUGCUGAACACAUAUUCUUAUCAUUUAGAAAAUCAAAGUCGCCAUUUGCUGUUUGCAAGCAUAUUUUAGAAACUAGUAAAGUGGACUAUGUCCUUUUCCAAGCCGCCACGGUGAUCAUGGAAGCAGUUGUACGAGAAUGGAUUUUGUUGGAAAAAAGUAGCAUUGAGUCACUACGAACAUUCCUUUUAACUUAUGUCUUACAAAGGCCUAACCUCCAGAAAUAUGUGCGGGAGCAGAUAUUAUUAGCAGUAGCAGUAAUAGUGAAACGAGGGUCCUUAGACAAAUCAAUUGAAUGCAAGAGCAUUUUCCAUGAAGUCAGCCAGUUGAUAAGCAGCGGUAACCCUACUGUGCAAACGUUAGCCUGUUCUAUUUUGAUGGCAUUGCUGAGUGAGUUCUCAAGCUCAAGUAAAACCAGCAACAUUGGAUUGAGCAUGGAGUUCCAUGGUAACUGCAAACGAAUAUUUCAGGAGGAUGAUCUCCGUCAGAUUUUCAUGCUCACAGUAGAGGUACUACAGGAAUUCAGCCGGCGUGAAAACCUUAAUGCUCAGAUGUCUUCGGUCUUUCAGCGUUAUCUUGCACUAGCCAACCAGGUCUUAAGCUGGAAUUUUCUUCCUCCCAAUUUAGGCAGACAUUAUAUAGCUAUGUUUGAAUCCUCACAAAAUGUGAUGCUAAAGCCAACAGAGUCCUGGCGUGAGACCCUCCUGGACAGCAGAGUUAUGGAGCUUUUCUUUACAGUACAUCGAAAAAUUAGAGAAGAUACAGAUAUGGCACAAGACUCGCUGCAGUGUUUAGCUCAGCUGGCCUCCCUUCACGGGCCGGUGUUUCCUGAUGAAAGUUCGCAAGUUGAUUACUUGGCUCACUUCAUUGAGGGAUUGCUCAACACUAUCAAUGGAAUUGAGAUAGAAGACUCUGAAGCAGUAGGAAUAUCCAGUAUCAUCAGCAAUUUGAUCACUGUAUUUCCUCGCAAUAUAUUAACAGCCAUUCCAAAUGAACUUUUUUCUUCAUUCGUUAACUGCCUCACACACCUCACUUGCUCUUUUGGGAGAAGUGCUGCCUUGGAAGAAGUGCUUGACAAAGACGACAUGGUCUACAUGGAGGCAUAUGACAAGCUCUUGGAAUCCUGGCUUACUUUGGUACAAGACGACAAACAUUUCCAUAAAGGCUUCUUUACCCAACAUGCUGUGCAAGUUUUCAAUUCUUACAUACAGUGCCACUUAGCUGCUCCUGAUGGUACAAGGAAUUUGACUGCCAACGGCGUAGCCUCUAGAGAGGAGGAAGAAAUAAGUGAACUGCAGGAGGAUGACAGAGACCAGUUCUCUGACCAGCUGGCAAGCGUAGGCAUGUUAGGAAGAAUUGCUGCUGAACACUGUAUACCUCUUCUGACUAGCUUAUUAGAAGACAGAGUGACAAGGCUUCAUGGCCAGUUACACAGGUAUCAGCAGCAGUUAAUUGCCUCACCAGGAUCAGGCUCCAUGGACAGUAAAAUUCUUGAUGACCUGUAUGAGGAUAUUCACUGGCUUAUUCUAGUCACAGGCUACCUCUUAGCUAAUGAUACUCAGGGAGAGACUCCGCUAAUACCUCCAGAAAUAAUGGAGUAUUCCAUUAAGCAUUCAACUGAGGUUGACAUCAAUACAACGCUUCAAAUUCUUGGAUCUCCAGGAGAAAAGGCCUCUUCCAUUCCAGGGUUCAACAGAACCGAUUCUGUUAUUAGGUUAUUAUCUGCUAUUUUAAGAGUUUCAGAAGUGGAGUCUCGAGCAAUAAGAGCAAACUUAACGCACCUUCUGAGCCCACAAAUGGGAAAAGAUAUUGUGUGGUUCCUUAAGCGGUGGGCAAAAACCUAUCUCCUGGUGGAUGAAAAACUGUAUGACCAGAUCAGCCUACCAUUCAAUACAGCAUUUGGUGCUGACACAGAGGGCUCUCAGUGGAUUGUGGGUUACCUCUUGGAGAAAGUAAUCAGUAACCUUUCAGUGUGGAGUUCUGAGCAGGAUCUUGCAAAUGACACUGUGCAAUUGCUAGUAACGCUGGUAGAAAGAAGAGAGAGGGCAAAUUUAGUAAUUCAAUGUGAAAACUGGUGGAACUUAGCAAAGCAGUUUGCCAGGCGGACGCCACCUCUUCACUUUUUGUCCAGUUCUGUGCAGCGAACGUUAAUGAAAGCCUUAGUUCUAGGAGGUUUUGCUCAUAUGGACACAGAUCUCAAACAGCAGUACUGGACAGAGGUUCUUCAGCCACUUCAACAGCGAUUUUUGAAUGUGAUAAACCAAGAGAACUUCCAACAGAUCUGCCAAGAAGAGGAAGUGAAACAGGAAAUCACUGCCACCUUAGAGGCACUUUGUGGUAUUGCUGAGGCAACUCAGAUAGACAAUGUAGCAAUUCUUUUUAAUUUUCUAAUGGAUUUCCUCAACAAUUGCAUUGGACUAAUGGAGGUGUACAAGAAUACGCCAGAGACUGUUAACCUCAUCAUAGAAGUUUUUGUGGAAGUUGCACAUAAACAAAUAUGUUAUCUUGGAGAGUCUAAAGCCAUGAAUUUAUAUGAAGCCUGUCUGACCUUACUUCAAGUAUAUUCCAAGAAUAACUUGGGUAGACAACGAAUAGAUGUCACAGCAGAAGAGGACCAAUAUCAGGAUCUUCUUCUCAUUAUGGAACUUCUUACUAACCUACUUUCAAAAGAAUUUAUUGAUUUCAGUGAUACAGAUGAAGUGUUUAGGGGACAUGAACCUGGGCAAGCCACAGGCAGGUCUGUGUCAGCAGCAGAUGUAGUUUUAUAUGGAGUGAAUCUAAUCCUGCCCUUAAUGUCCCAAGAUUUGCUAAAAUUUCCAUCGUUGUGUAAUCAGUACUACAAACUAAUCACUUUCAUUUGUGAAAUAUUCCCUGAAAAAAUUCCACAACUUCCAGAAGACUUGUUUAAAAGCCUUAUGUAUUCAUUAGAAUUAGGGAUGACAUCAAUGAGUUCAGACGUUUGUCAGCUAUGCUUAGAAGCUCUGACGCCAUUAGCAGAACAAUGCACAAAAGCACAGGAGACGGACUCAUCCCUCUUCUUAGCAACAAGGCACUUUCUUAAGAUGGUUUUUGAUAUGCUAGUAUUGCAAAAGCACAAUACAGAGAUGACAGCGGCAGCUGGUGAAGCAUUUUACACAUUAGUAUGUUUGCAUCAGACGGAAUAUUCCGAAUUAGUUGAAACAUUAUUAUCAAGUCAACAAGAUCCAAUAAUUUACCAGCGGUUAGCAGAUGCCUUCAACAAGCUUACUGCAAGCAGCACUCCGCCUACGCUGGACCGUAAGCAGAAGAUGGCCUUCCUCAAAAGUUUAGAAGACUUUAUGUCAAAUGUCGGUGGACUCCUUUGUGUAAAAUAAACGCCAGAACUGUAUGCCUAACUUAGACCCUUUCUGCAAAAUGCACUGAGAAAUGCUGAACUCUGACUUAAUGCCUGUUUCUGAGUUUUUUCACAGCCAUCUAAGAUUUUAGAGAGCCUGGAAGUUUGGAUAUAGUGAAGUGGAAUAGGAGAUGUCAACUUUAAAAUCAGCUUCCGCUAAUGUGUGUUAGCCACAGUCUGUCAUACCUUUUUAUGUUGUACAGAAUAAACAGAAAAACUGCUAUCUUAAAAAAAAGAAUUCCACAAGUGCAUACAGAUACAGGCACAGUAAAAACAAGAACCAGUGCCUUGUCCCAAAUGGCCUCAAAUAGUGACGAUUCAAACUCCUAAAAGAUGUUUGUUUGCUAUAAACCCUUCUAGUGUGUGAUAUAGACACAUACAGAACUGUAAAACAAUUCUAAGCUUUAUUUUUCCUCUCUAAAAACUGUGUGUAAUCCAGAGAAGAAGACGAAAACCACCAAAUGAUAUUUUUAAACUUGGAUUUAGUUUUGUUGGGGGGGGGGUCUUUUGUGUUGUGUGUGUGUGUGUGUGUGUGUUUUGUUUUACAUCAACCUGGCGUUGCAUGUUUGUGUAAUACAAGUUUCUACAUGAUAUGCUGCUGCCUAAAGUUCAGAAAGAAGAAAGGUGUAUAUUUUUGUUUCCCCUGAAAUGAACUUUAGGAACUGUAGCCAUUUCAUUGCCUUAAUUUAAAACAAAUUUAAAAAGAGCUCAUGUACGUUAGUAAAGAAGUCUAAGGCAAGCUUGGGUCUUUGAAACGGAUUUCGAAUGUUGGCAUUAAGGUGCCGUGUACCUGUUUGCAGCCCUCUUGUGUUGAGAGUACUAUGUCAGUGCGAGUGUAACGUUCAAUUUUUUGCAUUCAGUAUCUGUUGACUCAUGCCCAGGUCAUACACAACUACAGUGUAUUUCUAGACUGAACUGUUUGCUGAAGCAAUAAUGAUCCAAAAGUUGUAAAUUAUUGAUUUAUACAAACUUGCUUUUUUUUAAAAAAAAAGUUGGGGCAUUAGAUGCAAUGGCUAGACUGUAUGAGUGUCUCUUCUAGCCAAUGGCCAUACUUGUUUUUAUUUCAAGAUUCAGAAACCUGAACCUGUGGUCUCAUACCUUGCCACCAUUAUCAGAUCCACAAUGUUGACUUCUGCUGCUUUGAUCCCACUCGUUCAAUGUGUUGGCACUUUAAAGAUUUAAGGUUACUUGUACAGCUUCAUCCUGCACCCACAAAUAGAAGGUUGCUGUGGGAACAAAGUGGCAGGAACUUGAGAAUAUGCAAGCAAGGAAUUCUAAUAGUUACAAGCCAAACUAGACCAACACAAAUUCAUAUGCUGCUGAUUAUACUGAACCAUUGUUGAUGAAGGAAGGGGACAAUUUGUCUCCAAGGCCUUGAGCUUCAUGCCCCUGCAAAAUUUGUGCUAUCGGAUAUUUUCCCAAGUGGUGAUAUUUACAUUUUACAUGGGGAUGUAUAAAACACUCAACUUGACAGUGCUGUGUAUAGCAUCAUGUUUGCAACCCAUGCCAUCCUUCAACUGUUCAUCUCAAAACUUAAUCGCACUAUAUAUAUAUAUCUCUCUAUAUAUAAAAAUACGUAGCACUGUGGAUUGUUAUAAGGGUCCAAAACAUAACUUCUUUAAUUCCUUUUUGGUGAGCCAUGAACUUGGAAAUCAAGGGAAGGAUAUGCCACUGUUUCUAAAACCAACAACCGCCCGCCGCCCCGCCCCCAUUUUUCCUCACCGUUAACCUUUUUCUUAAAAUGGCUUGAGCAAGUAGAGUAAGGUUCAAUUUCAUCACAGCCCAGCCAUGCUUUGGCCAUCAGGAACAUACUUGCAUGUUCCCUCCUCCCCUUGCUCAAAUCCCCUUCUUGGUCUGUGGUAACAAUAGCUUUCUAUAAUGGUUGAACUGAGUAAAAGAUGGUUACCAGUAACCAUGGUUUGUCUCCAGACCAUAAUUGGAAAUCACUGUUUUGAGCAUGGAGCACAUUCCUAAUAGCUAGACAAUAGUUUGGCCAUGAUGUCUGAAUUGAGCCUAAAUCUCUCCCUUCACAGUUGAUAUUGUUUCAUCCAUUUCUAAGAUAAAGAAUGAGGAAAUUUCUUGGGUUCUCAAUUUAUUUAAAAAUUCCUGUGGCUUCAGCAAAGCCACUUUUGCUUUAAUUAUGAGAAAUCUCAAAGUUUUUUUCCUUUUUAAAUAGCUUUAUGGGGCUUUUAAAAACAACAUUCGAAAUGGAAAAUUGUGAUUUUUUUUUUUAAGGCAACUGUAUAGCCUGUAUUUCACCAAGGCCCAACUGCAUAUCUAUAACCGUUUUGGAUGUAAUUGAAUUAAUUGUGUUCUUGGUUGUGUAUAACAGUUCCUGUUCAUAAAAUGAGUGUUUAAAAUUGGUGCCACAUAAAUCUCUAAUUCCUGGAAAUUUGAGAGAUACAAUAAGUUAUCUAGAAGAAUGAAAAAAUGAGCGAGUUUUAAAAAAUCUUGCAAAAUGUAAAAUACCUAAGAGGCAAUAGAUCAGGGCUGCACAACUUCAGCCCUCCAGUUGUGUUUGAACUACCAUUUCCAUCAUCCCCAGCCAAAGUGGCCAGUAGUCAGGGAUAAUGGUAGUUCAACAUUGGCAGGAGGGUUGAAGUUGUGCAGCCCUGCAAUUGAUGAAUCUUGCCCAAGAAUUCUACUUUCCUGAAUGGCCUUGGGAAGAAUCCGCCAAAUGCUGCUACUGUGCAACUUCCAUUGAUUUCAGGGGGAUAUGUGCCAGGCUUCUGUGCGCAUCCAAGCAAAAUGGGUGGAACUUGCACCCAACAGUGCUUGGCGGAUUGAUUCUAAAAUUAAGAGUUGUCAAGGAUCAUUUGUAAUUUUAAAGUUUGUUCCUCAUUUUAAAUGUAUAUUAUAUUAAAGGGACACUGUCCAGUAAUUUUUAUCUGAAAUUUUGUAACUAUUAGUACUAUAAGAAAGUUGACUAUCUUUCCUGUUUUUGUAUUUUUUUAAAGUAUGAAUAACACUUGAUCUCUUCUUUCCCCAUCCAACAUGUUUCCAGAUGUCACAUUAUGUAUCACCACCUUCCGAAUGUCAUUGAAUAGCUCUGGACCCAGUUUUGGUGCAUAUGCACCUCCACCACACUGGAGAGCUCUUUAUUACUUGACUGUGUCCAUGUCUUCUUUUUAAAAAAAAAAAGUGAAUCUUUAAUGGAAUACUAUGUACUUCUAUUAGUGAGGGCACAAAGCAAGUCCAUGAAAAUCAAUAAAAACUAUACUUCAUUUCA